AUGUUCACCGUGGCCAUUCCACGUGACAUGAGGGAAGCAUGCAUGUGUAAGGGGUUUGGUUCGAGUCUAAUUGGACCAGCCCUCCAGUGGUAUACUAAUUUGCCUAAUAAUUCUAUUAAAACUUUUGCACAACUCACUGAUACUUUUGUUGAGCAGUUUGCCAGUAGCAGGAAAUUAGAGAAGCAAUCAGAAGACCUUUACGUCAUCGUCCAACGACGUGGGGAAGCACUGAGAGAUUACGUGGGGCGCUUCAAUAAAGAAAAAGUGUCUAUCACCAAUUGUAACCAACACACAGCCAUCUCAGCUUUCCGCAAAGGACUUCGCUACGACUCAGAUUUAUACAAAGAACUCACCAAGUACCCAUGUAAGACUAUGGAAGACGUCCUCGCCAAGGCAUGGGCCCAAAUCAAGUGGGAAGAAGAUGAAGUCAACUACUACAGAUCCUCUCCAAGAAAAGAGACUCCCAGAGAUUCUAGAGUAGACAGACGGCACAACGACAAACGGUCUGAGCCAUACCCGACUUCUAACAAGUCAGAGAACCGAAGAAGGGAUUACAACCGGCCCACUGACACAUAUCCUCGAAGUGGACCGAAGAUGCCCGAGUACAACUUGUCCAUCUCACCUGCUGAGGCUGUUCAAGUACUUAAGGGGCUUGGAAGCAAAGUAAAGUGGCCUGAGAAGAUGAGGACUCCAGCUGAGCAGAGGGACAGAAGCAAGUGGUGUGACUUCCACAACGACCAUGGCCACCGGACUGAAGAGUGCAUUGCCUUAAGAUUAGAAGUAAUCAACUUGCUAAAACGGGGCCACUUAGUCGACCACCUCACCGACAAAGGAAAGAAGACUUACCAGGGUCAGAGGGACACGAUAGACAACCAGAGGGACAUAACACCGCCCAGGUCACCUGUUCAUGAGAGAACGGUCAACGUAAUAACAGGUGGCUCGGAAGUAAGUGGAGUCACCCAGUCAGCUGCAACGAAACAUGCACGUCAGGCUAACUGGACCAAAGGGGAGACCAGCAGAACAUCUUCCUUACCGGAGCAAACCAUCAGCUUCACGACAUCAGAAUCAACUAGGCUUCUUAACCCUCAUCAUGAUGCUCUUGUUAUUUCACUUUAUAUAGCUAAGUAUUUGACUAAACGUAUACUUGUCGAUAAUGGCAGUUCAGCUAACAUCCUUUUUUUGAGUGCUCUCAGGGAAAUGGGAAUUGACGAAUCCAAAAUUGUGAGGAAGACAACUGUCCUAAUUGGAUUUAGUGGUGAACAGAAAAAUACCUCGGGAGAGAUCGAGCUGCCUGUGUAUGCUGAAGGAGUCAACUUGUGCACCAGGUUCCUGGUGAUUGACUCCCCUUCUGCCUACAACGUCAUCCUCGGCAGGCCAUGGAUCCAUGAGAUGGAAGCUGUACCUUCAACUUACCACCAAGCUUUAAGGUUUCCAACCAAAUGGGGGCCGAAAGAAAUUAGAGGGGAGCAGAAAGAUUCAAGAGAAUGCUACCGAACCACCAUGAAGGCAAAACCAGCACAGUCAUAG